ACGUAUCUAUUCCGCUGAGGGCACGCGAGAGGAGGGUGUAGGGAACGGGAAGGGAAGAAUAUGAAGCUGUCAUCUGGCUUGGCAUGCCGGCGCGGGUUCAAGCCAACGCUCCGUGUUCGUGCCGCGGCACAACUCAAUUCAACUCAACUCAAUCGUAAGCGCGCGCUCGGGCGAGCUGCACGUACGCCUCCCGCCGACGCACUAACUCACCACCGGACUUUACGUCGCUACCAAAACAAUAAUACUAAAUGAAACGGUGCACAAUAGUUCUUUACCAGUGACCAAUGCGUAACUAAACUCUCGAAAACAGUGAUAAAUGUUGUGGAACAUCGUUGAAGUUAACAAAACACGGAGUUCUAAACUUUCCAACGAGCGAGCCAUGUGACUACGGCGGGAACGAGUAAUAGCUGUAAUGUGGCUGCUAGCGGCUCUGCUAGCAGCCUGUGCUGCGGGCGCAGUGAGCACGCCGUGCUUCGAGGCUCGCACGCGCUGCGCCUACCGCACGGGCUGUGGCGCCGCGCUUAACAACUACAUGAUCCUGUGCAACGACGUGCUGUCUGAACCGACUAGCGUGUGUCCCAAGCCGUGUGAACAUGCGCUUAUAGCGCUCAUGUCCACAGAGGAGGGGAAGGAGCUGAUGACGUGCGAGUGUGAAGACGAGUAUUGCCUGGAGGCGAAGUCACGGAUCGACGUUUGUCGGCCUUCGGUUCUUCGCGGAGCCGCGAAUGCGACGAGUUCGUGUCGUCUGUCGCAGCUAAUCUGCACGGCGGAUGCCCAGUGCGCCACUGCGCUCGGUUAUUACCAUCGCCUAUGCCGCGCAAUGUACCGCGGCAGAAAAUGUUCCCACAAGUGCCUAAAUGCUAUAGAAAUUUUAAGAAAACAGGAGAAAGCAGCGCCUCUGACAGGAUGCCAAUGCGAUGGCAAUGAGGAUUACGACUGUCCGAGGAUGCAAAACAACCUUGCGAGGCUUUGCUUCCACAAGAAGUUAGACCCCAUAGACGAAAAACGCAAAACAACAAUAACGCCAGAAGUAGUUUUAGUAGGCAGCAGUUCUAUUGCCACUGUUUCAAAACGGCUGCUAGUAUUAUUAACAUUUUUCAGUUCAAAAUUCUAUACGUGAUAGUUUGAAAAUGGGUCUACCUCUAGCAUUAGGUCUAAUUUAAUUCUAAGGUUGGAGCAGCAAUUGCAUUGAAGUACAACUUUUGUAAAUAUGUAAAUGAGAAUAUU